AAAAUCGCUGCGCCCCAUUGGAGUCUGGACUCUGGAGCGCAAGUGUCUCGCCGUCCGCCUCGCCUCGCCUCGCCGUCAGCAGCAGCAGCUCCACCUCUCCAUUCCACGGCGCCCGUCGUGCGCUUCGUCUGCACCGGGACAAAGGCAACGGCGACGGAGACGGCAACGCGAGGGGGAGGAGAUGAAGCUGAAGCAGCUGGAGGGCCUCUUGGGUGGCCUGACCCAGUUCCCCAACCCGAAGGUGGAGCUGGAGCAGUAUCCGACGGGCCCUCACAUCGCGUCGCGGAUGCUCUACACGGCGGAGAAUAGUUUUGAUGACAUAACUGGCAAAGUGGUAGCUGACUUUGGCUGUGGUUGUGGCACUCUGGCUGUGGGGAGUGCUCUACUGGAAGCUGAACAUGUUCUUGGUAUUGAUAUUGACCCACAGUCACUUGAACUUGCUCAAGAAAAUGCUGCUGAUCUGGAGCUGGAUAUCGACUUAGUUUGGUCUGACAUAAAGAACUUAAAUUUGAAAGUGUCCCAAAGCAUUCCCCAACAUUUGUUGCUGAAUAGAAAGCAAUUUAGUGCAGGCGUCCAUGUUGACACUGUUGUCAUGAAUCCUCCCUUUGGUACAAGAAGGAAUGGAGCAGACAUGGAGUUCCUCUCUAUGGGCUUGAAGGUUGCUUCUCAAGCUGUCUAUUCUCUACACAAGACUUCCACUAGAGAACAUAUCAAGAAGAUGGCCUUGCGUGGCUGCAACGCCCGCAGUGCGGAGGUUCUAUGCGAGCUGCGUUACGGUCUACCGCAGACGUACAAGUUCCACAAGAAAAAGGAGGUUGACAUUGCCGUCGACUUGUGGCGUUUUGUUCCUAAAGCUCAACAGUAGCAGCUAACGUGCUGUGUGCCCAGCGGCCCAGGUGAUGGAACCGCAACAUGAAUGAAAAAUUGAAAAUGAUCAAAUGGAGAUGCGUCUCAAAAUGCUGGACCUGAUCGAAGAGACACCACGGGGUGGUGUGCUUAUCGUCGUCUUGGGUUGGCAGUCCCCACAGUAGCCGGAACUCGGAAUUUGACGAGGCCUGAGUAGAGUUUUGUGGUCACAGAUGCUGUACUGUAGUGUGUACGAUGAAUGCACGGCGACUGAGUUCUCGAAUUUCCCGUAAAA